AUGAUUAGUUCAUCCAUAGUAAGAUCACAAUCAAUUCAUUUAGUAACUGGUUUACUUGUCAAUCAUGAUCAUGCAUGGAAUGCAGAUGAUAAUCGACAAGAUGAAACUGGUGCAUGGUUGUUAGAUCCUCUAUUAGAUAAUAUUACUAAAACUGUAUAUGAUUCAGAUAUUUUUCUAACAGAGGAGAAUAUAAUGACUAAUAUAAUAUUGGAUCGAUUUGCAGAACAAACAUGGAAAGAAUAUAUUCUUAAAUCUUUAUCGCUUCGUAAUGAUAUUGAUCUAAGACCAAUAGCACAAUAUAAAAAAAGUCAAGAAUGUCCUUAUUAUAUAACGUAUAUUAUUGAUCAUUAUUAUGAUCUACCUGAAAUUAUACUUUUUUCACAUGGUCGACCUCAAGGACAUAAUCCAAAUAUUAUCAAACAAUGGUCAUGGUUUAUUCAACAAGUACAACAAGAUAAACAACGUCUUUUUUUCAAUGCAUCAAUUGGUUAUAUAAGUUCUAAUUGUGGUUCUUAUGUUAAAAGAUACACUCGAAGUCGUCCUAUUCUUGAUUUACUUGGUUAUGACCGUACAGUCGAUCCAUUGGCUAAUCAAAUAAAAGCAUUAUCUUUGGGUACUUAUUGUUGUGCACAAUUUAUUAUUCAUCGUUCUCGUAUUUUACAACAUCCAAUAUCAUUCUGGCGUUUAGCAUUAAAAAUUGUUAUUGAUAUGAAUGAUUGUUCACAUUUUGAACAUAUAUGGCACGUAUUAUUUGGUGAACCAGGUGAACUUGACCGACAGAAAAAUCUUGCUGUAUGGUAUGAACAAGCUCAUCCAGAAUUAACAGAACGAUGUUCAACAGAUAUCGUAAACGAUUAA